AUGAGAUCCACCCGUGUCAGCGCUGAAGCCUUUGAUGAGACCCUCAAGAAAGAACUUAAUGGCACCAACAAGGUCUUCGUUCUGUUUUUUGGCACUGAAUUACCCGAGACCGAUGAAUCUUGGUGUCCUGAUUGCGUGAUUGCUGAUCCUUUGGUUCGUAAGGCACUCUUGCCUGUAGAAAACUCUGUUCUCAUUGAGGCUGCUGUUGGCUCUCGUGCUGAAUGGAGAAACGCUUCCAGCAACCCUUACCGUUCUCGCACUGAUUUCACUAUCCCUGCUAUCCCCACACUCUACAAGUGGACUACCUCUGGUGCCGGAGAACGUUUGGUUGAAGAAGAGUGUGCUGACAUCGAGAAGCUCAAUGCAUUCGUUAACUCUGCCUAAUGUAUUAGAGGACGAUGGGUUAUAUUUCUAUACCUAAUACUUUAUUAGCUCAAGCACUUUUACAUAUUUUACUGGUGCAGUUUGUAUCUAAUCUAUAUAUCAAGGGAAAAGGUGGCUACUAGCUUUAUUGCGGCCAUGUUUCUUGUAAUAAGCUUAUAUUUUGCGUGGAAAUACAUUUUCUAAACCUCUUUAUUUUUGUCCAAAAAUAAUUUAAAUAAAAUAAAAAA